AUCCACUUUGCCGCCGAAGUACCUUCAACUUGCUCCAUUAGCCAGCUUCUCAAUCGCUUCUCGUGCUGCCACGAAACUCCCUCGUCCGAGAAACCCGCAAUGUCGCAAGAUUGGGGCACUGGAGGCGCCAGUCAGUUCACGGCAAGGACGUAUUCUGACGUACACCCGGCCAUCGACCCCGCCCAGUUCAAGCUCUCACACCCCUUCGUCGUGUGCGUUAUCGGGGCCUCACGGGGAAUAGGCACGGGCUUGGCAACAUCCUACGCCAAAGCCGGCGCCUCCGGUCUGGUUUUAGCGUCGCGGCGCAUAUCCGGACUCGAAGAGGCCGCCGCCGCCUGCCAAGCCAUCAGUCCACAGGCCGAGAUCGACGUCGCCCACUGCGACAUCGCCUCCCCAGAGUCAGUCUCAUCCCUCGCCGACCGCGUCAAGUCGCGAUUCGGCCGGCUCGAUGUCCUGGCCAUCAACUCGGGCUUUUCCGGCCCAUGCCUUACCACUAUCGGCGACGUCGAUCCAUCGACCUUCAAGCAGGCGAGCGAGGUAAACUACUUCGGCACCUUCCUCUGCGCCAAGUUCUUUGUGCCCCUGCUGCUGGCUAGUCCUGGCGGCGCCAGGGCCUUCGUGGCCGUCUCAUCGAUGGCUGCACUGAUUGUGCGGGGCCCCAUCGCCAACGCACAGUAUUGCGUUAGUAAGAUGGCCCAGCUGAAGCUCAUGGAGCAUAUCCACGAGGAGUAUGCCGGGCAGGGGCUGGUUGCCUACAGCGUGCAUCCCGGCGCGGUAGCGACUGAACAGGCGCUUGAUACUUCGCCGAACAUGUUUGUCCAGUAUCUUACAGACAGCGAAGAAUUGUGUGGCGCUUUCUGCGUCUGGUUGACUGCUGGACGAGAGGAGAGGAAGUGGCUAAGCGGGAGAUUAUUGAGUGCGAAGUGGGAUGUUGAGGAACUGGAGAGACGGAAGGAAGAGAUUAUCCAAAGAGACUUAUUGAGGACGAGACUAGCUCUUUGAGGGUAUAGAUGUCCAAAGGCUGGUGGCUCAUGAGGGAUCCAAUAUCCAGCGAGUGUAUUAUAAUUAGACAACUUGAAUACGCAACUCUCGCGCCAACAGGGAAAGCUACAUCCACCGUCCUAGCCUAAUGCCAAAUGAGUUC